GGUGAAUCACCACAGUGGGGACUUGUCCAUUAGCGGAUUAAACGAAGAAGAAGACUACCAAGUAAAGCUUUUGCUGACUUUUGCAAAUUUCUCAUUCGUCUUCUUUCUCUAAUCUCGAUACAGUUUUAGGGAUUCUACUUGCCGUUCCGUGUAACUUCAUCUUCUCCACUACCACAAUUUGAUUUCUAGCGAACCCUAAUUUUCCUCUGGAGCUACGAUUUCAGGGGAAAUUUCAAAAAAUUCUCAAAUGCUUGCUUGUAUCAUCUCCUUGGUUCAACGAUGAUCUUAGACGAGAAGAAUCGAGAAAACCUCGUUUUCCUUAUCUUACAGUUCUUUGAUGAAGAGGGCUACGAAGAAAGCUUACACUUAUUGGAGCAGGAUUCAGGGGUUUACUUCGAUUUUAGCUAUUUCUCUCGUGCUAUCCUCAAUGGUAACUGGAAAGACGCUGAGGAGUAUCUUUCAGCAUUCACUAGUCCAGAUGCUAAUACGUUUUCGAGGAAGAUGUUCUUUGACUUGUUCAAGUGGAAGUUUUGUGAAGCAACGGAUAGAAGUGGUGGCUCUGAAUCUGUGAACGUUUUCUCCAAGGAUUUAAGACGGAUUCCUGUUUUAAAAGAUGAUAGCUUUGAAAAUUUGGUUGAGGUGUUUGCUAUAGAUGAUAGAAUUCCUGAGCAAACUUGUUGCGUGGACAAAGCACCGGGGAGAGCCAAAUUGUGUGUUGAUCUCUAUAAACUAGCAGAAAGCAAUCCUUCUUUAUGUGGCAAACUCGAAUUUCCGAAGUUGAAUAAAUCUGCACUGCUGUCGCUUAUCUCCCUCAUUUGUCCAAAGGGUCAUGGGAGAAAGGGAGGUUUGAAGGAAGAUCUCAUUUUCUUAAUCCUUCAGUUUCUCUUUGAAGCUAAGUACAAGAACACUCUUCAUAAACUAGAGCAAGAAACAAAAGUCUUCUUCAACUUAAAUUAUCUGGUGGAAGUGAUGAAGCUCGGUGAGUUGGGAAAAGCUGAAGAGUACCUUGGAUCUUUUACAGAUUCAGGAGAUAAUAAGUACUCAACGGCUAUGUUUCUUGAAAUUCAGAAACUUAAAUGCCUGAAAUCUACAGAAUGGGAAGUCGCUACCCCAUCUGGAUCUCUAGAUAUCACGUCGCCGAAGAUAAAGCUGCAUGCCUCUGUUGCCAUUCUAGCCAAGAAGAAUCCAGUACUGAAAGAUAAACUCAAGUUUCCUAGCAUGGAAAAGUCAAGACUUUUAACACUUAUGAAGCAGACUUUGGACUGGUGGAUUUCUCCUUCAUGCAACAACUCUAGUUCUAUGGAAAAUAUUCCAGUAGUGUCAUACCUUUGUGGCACAUCAUCCUAUUUUAAAAACAAAUUCAAGAAAACACGGCCUAGGAAGAAUAACUGCAAACCAAACGAAAUCAAUGAUGUAUCUCAGUGCAAUGCACUCGUUCUUCCUGAUUAUUGCUCAGCAGAAAGGAUUGCACGUUUGACCUAUUCCCCUUCUGGAGAUUACAUACUGGCUUUGGCAGAAGACGCCACACAUAAACUCUGGACGUGGUCGAGUGGCCAAAAUGAAUUCUCCAAGUAUACUCCUCGCAUAUUGAUGGAAAAUAUAUUUCCGAAGCCACGAUUACAUCAACCUCAAAGUGGGAAAACUAUGAAAAACGAGAUGGCUGCCUCUGUUCAGGAUUCAACAUCAUGUUUUGCGAUCAAGGGUUCCUAUCUUUUCUCAACUUCAGGAGGAAGAAUAGCAGUUUUUGAUCUAAAGAGUUUUGAGAAGGUAGCUGUUUUUGGAAGUUCUACACCUAUGGCUACCUAUUUUAUAUUUAUACCUGGUGAUUUGCUUGCUGUUGGGCUAGAUGAUGGUUCUAUCCUUAUCCAUUGUUUAUCCUCAAGAAAGGUCAUAGAAAAGCUGGAGGGCCACGAUCAGAAGAUAACCUGCCUAGCAUUUUCUCGCUGUUUCAGUAUCCUUGUCUCAUCUGACUCUGAUGGAAAGCUCUGUCUUUGGAGCACAAAGAGCUGGGUUCAGCUAACAAGUAAUAACUCUACGCAUGAAUUUUGUACCCGGUCUGACCUUGAGUCCAGCUCUUUAGUAACUCACAUCCAGUUUGACCCAUAUCAAAUUGAGAUACUCGUGACCCAUCAGGGAUGGAUAAGUAUAUACGAAGCUCCAAGUCUUGAUUGCCGAGUGCAGUGGGUACCCGAUGAAUCUGGUACUUCAAUAACUUCUGCUACAUAUUCUUCCGAUGGUGAGAUCAUCUAUGUUGGCUUUGGAAGUGGAGCUAUAAAAAUUCUGGACUCCAAGACCUUGUUGACAAUAUGUCGAAUCGAUCUGACAUCUCUUACUCAACCCAUCCCCAGCGACAUCAGGCUCGAGGUUUAUCCGACUGUUAUUGCCGCUCAUCCUUCACAUCCGUGUCAGAUCUCUGCUGGGCUAAGUAAUGGUAAGGUCAUCGUUCUUCAGCCGUUGUGGAGUGGAGGAUGGGGUGAAGCAACUCCACCUGAAAACGAUGGAGAUUAUCCUGAUGACUCAGACCAUAGUUACUGACCACAAAACUUGUCUUAGUUUCCUGUAUAUAUCUCUAAGCGUACUGAUCUUUUUGGAUGUAACUGAGCUUACUGCUCUUUUUUGUAUGCAAUUGUGCUUAGUGCCCUUUUUGUCUAUGUACGUAAAACGUAAUUAGUAUUUAAUAUCUUUUGUGUAUUAUAUGCGUAAAGCAUCUGUUAAAAAGCUACCAACUUGCUCUGCGACUU